AUGGCGGCGGCGCAAGCGUUGACCACUACCGACGUGCAGUCCUACCUCCUCUACUACCUCCUCUAUCGUCAGCUUAUGAAUAGCGAGAGAGGUAUAAAGGAGACAAUGCACAGAGCCUUCUGGGAUGUUCAGCGUUCUCACCUCAACGCCGACCCGCCAAACUACGAGCCUGCUCUCGGUCUACUGAAGGAGAUUAGACAGUCCCUGGAGAGCUUGACUCUGCCACAUCAGACAACACUUCGAGCGCAGAUCGCAGAGCGUUUGGACAUUGAGACAGCGGAGGUGGAGUGGCGACGCACCGGACACCUGCGAUUGGAGGCUUUUGCAGAACCUCUUGUCGAAAUGCUUGCUCAAUGGUGCGCCCCCGUUCGCGAUCCCGAUGUUGCCCGUCUGCGUGACAUCUCUGAUCCGAUUGAAUUCUUUCGACAAGCUUUCGCCGUGCUAGAACUAAUGCACAUGGAUUUGGCCAACUUCACUAUCCGAAAGAUGCGUCCCUAUAUCCGUCAACAGGCUGGGGAAUAUGAACGCGAGAAAUUUGACACCCUCCUCAAAGUUCAAGAAAAAGCUGGAAUUGACGGUUUGGCGAUCACGCGAGAGUGGAUUCGCGAGGCUUUCGAGACUUUGCAAAAUCAGACGUCAUCAGACGGCGCACCCUUAGCUCCUCCUACACCGAAUAAUAUCCUUCGUGAGGCCUAUCUGGCCCUCCUAGUAUGGCAACCGACUCGCGAAUUCCCUGAGGCGAGUCUACACUUGUACCUACCUUACUUGAAGUACAGUAUCAACACUACUAUUACAGUAGCAGUGGAUGCAAAGCGUAUCCUCGAGCUUUCGGAUUGCCUGGCGCGGACAGUGACGUUGGCGUCGUUGGUAUUGGUUGUUUGCAACGCUGUUGCUACCGCCUCCGUCUCCCUUGCCCUUUGCACACCCACCCCAGUCACCACCUUCCCCCUCGCCUCCCUGAAGGCUGCUGUCUCUCGGGACGCUCGUGGCAUUAUUGACGGUGUACCCUCCGGUAAAAUUCCACAACUCGCAGAAGUGCUCAACCUCCGCAUGCUAUUGGUUGUCGACAAUUGGCGGAAAUCGCUCUACGAAGGAGACAGCGAAUUUAAGACCACUUUUACCAGUGAGGGUUUGUGUCCAGUCACGCCUGACAACUGUCUUCCAGAACCCUUCAAAGAACAAAUCACGAGCCAGAUUAAUGCAGUUCUCCGAACGGAACAUCCCGUCUAUAAACUGAUGUUUUCUCGAGCUGUUGACUUUCUGCGUUCCGCAUUAUCCGCACGACCACCAGAUCCCAUUCCACUUCCAACCGGAUUUGGAGCACUUUCAGAAAGCACUACGUCAAUUCCAACCUGUCAACCCUCCGUGCCGUUGGAUCCGAGUGUUUGCGCAAUGGAGAAACCCUCAAUGAACCUACGAGUGGACAUGGAUGGAGACACUGAUUCCGUCAUUCCUAAUACCUCUUCUGUGGGCUCCGCUUCGAUCUCCUCCUCCUCUUCCUCGGCUCCUGUCGACCUCUCACGGGUCUACGAUCUCGCUCUGAUUGCUUCGCGCCUGAUGCCUCUCGUGGCACACAAUCGACACGUUUUUGGACCGCAUUAUGCCGAAAUCAUCCACGAUCUCUUAAAGCCUGCGCGUAGCGACUGA